AUGCGUUUUCUCAACCUACCGCUGCUCGUUUGGGCUGUCACGACCUUCGGCAUAGCGUCAGCACUUCCGCAAGACCCGCUUGCCGUUCGAUCAGCCACCGCUUCCCCUACGGUCAAACUCCACCAAGGCACCGUUCGCGGCACUAUCGACACGAGCUACGGUCUCGAACAGUUCUUCGGCAUCCCCUACGCAAAGCCACCCGUCGGCUCGCUCCGAUUCGCCAAGCCCCAGCCACUCGACUCUUCCUCCUCCCAAACUCUCAUCGAUGCGACUCGAUUCGGCGAUAUCUGCAUGCAGCCUCCUGCUCCCUCGCCCCUCUACAACAUGAGCGAGAACUGUCUCAACCUCAACGUCGUUCGUCCCAAAGGCACCUCGGCCAAGGACAAGCUUCCCGUGAUGGUCUGGAUCUACGGCGGCGCGUUCCUGCAAGGUGGCACUCCGUCGUACAAUGCCAGCGAGCUGGUGCAGAAGAGUGUCGAGAUCGGAAAGCCGAUCGUGUUCGUCGCCAUCAGCUACCGUGUCGGUCCGUUUGGAUUCAUCGGUGGUUCCGAAGUGGCUGACAGCGAUGGUGCUACGAGCAAUGCAGGUCUGCACGAUCAGAGGCUGGCGCUCAAAUGGAUUCGACACAACGUUGCAAAGUUCGGAGGUGACAAGGAUAAGAUCACCUUGUUCGGGGAGAGCGCGGGAGCCAUGAGUGUCGCAUUGCAGAACUUUGCCAACGACGGUGACAAUGAAGGACUCUGGCAUGCUGCGAUCAUGGAUUCGGGUGGAAUCGCGCCCGGUCCAUUGCUGACGCCGAAGCAUCCUACGGUGGAGCAGAGCUUCAAGAAUCUGGCGGCGGGUGUCGGAUGCAAGAGCGGAUCGUUGCUCAAGUGUCUUCGGAGCGCCAAUGCGACCGCAGUGCAGAGUGUCGCGAAUGCUUUGACUGCUCAGGCUGGUGGAACUUUCCCGAUCCCGGGUGCGCUAGCAUGGUUGCCGCUGGUUGACUACGAGUUCAUCACGGACUAUCCCAGUGUCAAUCUCCCGCAAGGAAAGCUCGCCGACAUCCCCGUGAUCCAAGGCAACAACCUCGACGAGGGACCGCUCUUUGCGCAGAAGCAGCUCAACAACAGCGCCCAGUUCGAGCAGUGGGUCCGAACCGCCGCCGUCAUCUACAACACCUCCUACACCGAACAAGCCCUGCAAAAAGUCUUCAAACUGUACCCCGAUAUCCCCGAGCAAGGUUCGCCGUACUACAACGCCGAGACGUCCACCUGCGCUGGUACCACGACCAACCUGACCUCUCGAAGGUACCCGCCGCUGGCGAGCAACCAGUACAAGCGAUCGGCCGCCUUCUUUGGCGACUUCACCUUCCAGGCGCAUCGAAGGACCUAUCUGAAAGCGGCGACGUUGGGGUGGAAGAAAAACAGGGACAAGGUGUGGUCCUUCGAGUUCCAGCAGAACGACAAGUACGCCAACGGGACGGGUUCGCCGCUGGGUGCGUACCAUGGUAGCGAGCUCAAGUACUUCUUCGUGAGGCCGGAUGGCAGGGUCAAGGAUCCGGUGCUGCAGGAUAAGAUGCCGAGAGCGUACAUCAGCUUCGUCAACUAUCACAAUCCUACGGUGUUGAGCGGAUGGGACUGGCCGGUGUAUCGAGAGGGCAGCAAGUUGCUUCAGCUGAAAGGGGGCAACACGACCGUGAUCGAGGACACGUAUAGGAAGGAGGCGAUGGAGGCGUUGACGAAUGAAAAGAGUGCAAAGGUGUUUGGAUUUUGA